CAAAUAAUAAAUUUAAAAUAUUAACCAAACUUCAGAGAGUGUGAGGAGAGAGAGAGAGAGACGUUCAUUACUCAUUCACUGAAAUCCAAAUUUCUAACUCAAAACCACAACCAGAUCACAAAACUGAAUGCAAACCGGCACUGGUUGUGCCUCACAGGCUUCUCUCGAAACUCAGAAGGUCUCUCUGUGUAAUGAAGAGAUGGGAUUUCAGUAAGAAGUGGUGAAUUUAGAGAGAGAAAAUUGGCGUCAUGGCCGCAGUUGCAGAGGGUCUUCUGUGCUUACCUAGGUUAAGAGCAGCAGGGGGUUCAAAGAAAUAUGGACCUUCAGAGAACCCGCGGCUUUUGGGGAGAAAGCCAUGGUUAGAGAGAGAAAGAGAAGAUUGUCGGGGGAGAAAAGGAAAAAGAAGACUUGGGGUCCGUGCAGGGUGGGGAGAGAUGGUGCAAAACCUGGUUUUGGGUGUUGGGGUGGGGCUUCCUUGCACUGUAAUGGAGUGUGGAGACAUAAUAUACAGAAGCACUCUUCCUCGAUCUAAUGGCCUUAACGUUACAGCUCCUGGUGUUGCUCUGGCUCUUGGUGCCAUCUCUUAUCUUUGGGCGACUCCUGGUGUGGCCCCUGGCUUCUUCGACAUGUUUGUUCUUGCAUUCGUUGAAAGACUAUUUCGCCCAACUUAUAGAAAGGAUGAUUUUGUUCUGGGUAAGAAGCUGGGAGAGGGGGCAUUUGGGGUGGUUUACAAAGUUUCCCCAGCUAAGAAGGGUCCUGGAAUGCGAGAGAAAAUUGUAGAGAAGAAGGCUUUGUGGGAGAUUACGUCUCUAUUCUCUCAAGAUGGUGAUUUGGUGUUAAAGAAGGCUACUGAGUAUGGUGCUGUGGAGAUCUGGAUGAAUGAACGUGUGAGGAGAGCUUGUGCGAAUAGCUGUGCAGAUUUUGUGUAUGGUUUUCUUGAGAGCUCCUCGAAAGGAAAAGGCGGUGCCUAUUGGCUUAUAUGGCGCUAUGAAGGGGAGGCUACCCUUGCAGACCUGAUGCUGAGUAAAGAGUUUCCAUACAAUGUGGAGAGGAUGAUUCUUGGGGAGGAUCAAGGCUUGGAGAAAGGAUUGGAGAGGGAAAACAAGAUCAUUCAAACAAUAAUAGGACAAGUUUUAUUUGCUUUGGAUGGUCUCCAUUCAACUGGAAUUGUCCAUAGGGACAUUAAACCCCAAAAUAUUAUUUUCUCAGAAGAGGAUCGUAUUUUCAAAAUCAUUGAUCUUGGGGCUGCGGCUGAUUUGCGAGUUGGCAUUAAUUACAUUCCAAAGGAGUUUCUAUUGGAUCCAAGGUAUGCGGCACCAGAGCAGUAUAUCAUGAGCACUCAGACACCGUCUGCACCCUCAGCUCCAGUGGCAACUGCCCUUUCUCCAGUUCUUUGGCAGGUCGACUCCUUAAAAACAUUCACAAGCCUUCUGUUUACAUGCAAUAUAAGUGGUAAAUUAGAGCUGAACUUACCGGAUAGAUUCGAUAUUUACAGCACAGGGCUCAUAUUCUUACAGAUGGCAUUCCCAUCAUUACGAACAGACAGUAGCCUCAUACAAUUUAACCGUCAGCUUAAGCGGUGUGGAUAUGACUUGGUUGAGUGGAGAAAAACCAUGGAGCCUCGAGCUAGCCCAGAGCUUCGUAGGGGCUUUGAAUUGUUGGAUUUAGAUGGAGGAAUAGGGUGGGAGCUCCUUUUAUCUAUGGUUCGAUACAAAGCCCGACGGAGAACAAGUGCCAAAGCUGCUUUGGCCCAUCCUUACUUUGAUAGAGAGGGCCUUCAGCGUCUCUCCUUCAUGCAGAACUUGAGAUUGCAACUCUUCCGUGCUACUCAGCAGGAUUACAGCGAGGCCGCUACAUGGGUGAUUGGGCUCAUGGCAAAGUCUGGCACCAAGAAGGAAGGCGGCUUCACUGAAGCUCAACUUCUCGAGCUCAGGGAAUUGCAGCCCAAAAAGAAGGCGAACGUUCAACGCAAUGUUUUGGCCUCUCUGUUGAAGCUCCAGAGGAAAAUCGUGAGGACGAUCAACGAGAGCAUGGACGAGUUGAAUCAAAGGAGAAAGAGCUUCUGGUGGAGCAGGUGGAUUCCAAGGGAGGAGUAAGUGGUGGAGAGAAUUUUGUUUAUUUCUCAUGUAGCAUAUGUCAAGCUAUAUUUGUAAAUAUCAUCAAAUGACCCCACACUAUUGCAUUUAACAAAGAACUGAAGGAUGUAAAAUUGUAAAUUCUUUAAUUUGGGCAUCAAAAUCAUGUUACGUGAUGUAUUUUACCUGA